UUCACACGUCGAGUAAGUCUUGAGUGAUGGGAGAUUUGAAAUGUGGGGCCAUCCCCACUCCUGUGAUUAUUCGUAUUUGCGAGAUCUCUGGAGGUUAUGUACAUGUCAUGUUUUAUAUCAACCCACCUAGGGGGAAAAUACCUUUGUAUAUUACGGAAGAGUGUGUUUUUAAUCGAUUGCAGUAUCUCAAUUUAUUAUACAAUAAAGAAGAGGAUAAGUUCAGAGGAAAGUUUGAAUAUUUAUUAGAAGAUUCUCCCCAGGACAACGUCGGACACUUCACCCUCAGACUAUUAGUAUCAACAACUCCGGAAUCAUGGAACCACUGGUUGACACGGGAGCGUCUUCUCCUGAGACACCGUCUGAAUCAUUUAUUACCGAGACAACUCCACAGAUUAUUCCGAAAUAUCCUGCGACGUUCAAAGAAUUAUGAUCGCCCUGGAGCGACAUGCAUCAAGCGAUCAUUAAUAAUACUGUCGGCACAUUUUCUGCAGCCUGAUGUAUUCAGACAUAUAAUCUCGAAUGAGCAUACAACAGACUGUGAUUUAUUCCCCUUCAAAGUUCUGUUCAACGCUGUACCUGAUUUAGUAAAAACCCGAAAGUUACAUCUCGAUCGAGGAUAUGGUAUCGUGACGUGCUCGAUGUGGAAAAUAAUAUUGGAGUCAUUAUUCCACCGGCUGAUUCAACUGGAGUACAAUAUUUACAAGACUGAUAUGCAGAAUACCGUGCAAAUGGAUCCCCGACUUGAGUUGAUGAGCCAAAGAGUGAUAAAAUCAAUAUUGAGACCGACAAUUCAAUCAAAUGCUGACGUAACAGCUCUGAAUAUCGAUAACGAGGCGAGAAAAUUUCCUCCCUGUAUGAGGCACUUGCACUUGGUACUCAGGAAAAAACAUCGGCUGAGUCACUACGCACGAUUUUAUUACAGUUUAUUUUUGAAGGACUGCGGUAUGAAUUUGGAUAAUGCCAUUGCUUACUGGAGGGAUGAAUACUCUAAACCGCAUAUUUGCGAGAGCGGAUGCACACACAAGUGGCAGAACAAUGAGAAAAAAUUUAUUUACAGUAUUCGACAUCUGUAUGGAUUAGAGGGGGCGAGAGUUAAAUACGGUUCGCCUAAUUGCCAGACGAUAUUCAAUGCUGACCCUGGACCGAGGUACGAGGGUGGCUGUCCCUUUAAGAUCCUGGACAUUGAACAGUUGAGGGAUGUUUUCAAUUCUUGUCUAAUUGACGACGACAUCCAGGAGGAAUUAAUCAGACUGAAGGUCAGAGAUGCAGGUGCAGCCUGUGGAUUAUUUUUAAAAGCAACUAAUGACGACAAAAGUCAGGUAAUUAUUCAGAGUCCUCUGGAAUAUUAUGUCCACGUUACCAAAACAGAUUGUUAAAUUUCCUGUAGAUAUUUGGAAUAAAUACUUGUAUUAUCUA